AUGCCACGACUGAAAUUUCCUUCGCAGUGCCCACGACUCAACACCGUCGGUUCCCCUUCACUUGACAGACUGGCCAGCGGUGUUUGCGCUCCACUUGAAGAUUCUGGUGCUGUGGCAAAUGCUUGCAACUGUCUUACUGCCACCAAUGCUCCGGGUGCUUGCGGUUCUGGAUGUACAGAUUCACAUGGAAUUGGUCCAGGAUAUGCACUAUACACACCAUUAUCUAGUAUCCUCGGAAGCGUAACAAAGCUUGCAAGGGAAUCAGUAUGCCCAGGAACUACAGGAUAUUAUUGUCCCACGGGUCGAACUUGUAAGACAAGGACUGGGUCUGCACCUUAUUGUUGCAAUGAUAAUACGUCAUGGCAACAAUACAGAGUCACAGUCGGUGCUAGUUCUAGCAAUUUCUGCUGCGGAAAUGGAACAUUCGGUGUAUACCAAAGCUCAGGUCAAAACAGUGUUGGAAUCUGUGCAACGGCUCGUCUUUCACUUUGUACCUCCGUCACUGCUGUCUCAUCGGGAAGUUGUUCCUACAGCACCUCCGGUACUGUUCUCUCGAUUACUCUUUCUUCAACUACAAGUACGAGAUCAAGUUCCUUAAGUUCGCCAAUAUCGACACUUGUACCAGACACUCAAAUCACUUUUACCAGGUCCAGAUCUACUUCUACCCCAACCUCAGUACGGACAUCUGCUAGCUCCGGUUCGACAACUCAAUCGCUUGUCUCACCAAUAUCAACAGUCUCCUCUAGUACUUCGAUAUCGAUAUCGACUCCCACGACGCAAAUAAUUCAAUCGCCUACCUCUUCUCUGUCAACGGUCUCAUCCAGUAUUUCGUCAAGUGUAAUUUCGACUUCCACUUCUGCCUCAGCCGAUUCGUCUUCGAGCUCAUUAAAUUUCCCUACAACUUCGCCUUCCUCAUCCGUUGCCAAUCAAAAUACUCCUUCAGUUUCACAAUCUCGUACUUCGAUAACAUCUUUCUCGUCUUCCAUAUCCUCACUGAGCAUCUCACAAUCCCAAUCUCCACCCACUGAUUCUACCACCUCCUCUUCGCAAUCUUCCUCUAGUAUAAGCGAUUUCAUAUCUUCAUCAUUUAUCGGACCAGUAACGGCACAAUCUUCGAUAUUGACCAAAGCGGAAUCGACUAAUAGUACAUCGACAUCUGCAUCGGUUGAAACUCCUACAAUACCAUAUAAUGCUAUUUUAUAUUUGUUUAGUUGA